AUGCAAACAAUUCAAAGUUCGCCUGUAAAUCAUCACUCACAGGAGGAAAAUUGUGAAUUCAAUAAAAAUCAUGAUGAAAAUUUAACAGAUUGUGAAUUAUUAAACAAUAAUUUAUUAGAUUGUAUAUUAAAUACUUUUUCAAAUUAUAAAGCUCAAGUUAUUGAACAUUUAUAUUUUCGGAAUUUGUCAUUGAAAAGAUCGGCCGUUACUUUAAAUUUAACAAUUAUUCAUGGAAAAUUACAUAUUCUAUUUACUAAAAGACCAAUUAGAGAGGGUGAUAAAUGGUCUGGUCAAGUAUGCUUUCCAGGAGGUAAAUUUGAAAAGAAUGAAGAUAAAACACUUUUGGAUACGGCAAUUAGAGAAACAUUUGAGGAGAUUGGAGUUGAUUUGAGGGAUGGGAAUAAUUUUUUACUUGUUGGAAGAGUGGAUGAUCAUUUGGCUCAGGGAAAUAUGCCAGGUAGGUGCAGCAAAUUAGGAAUUUAA